UUAAAGAGUAGUGAAAAAACGCGUGGUGUUGAAGUUUUGAAAUCGUAAUCGACGACGGUGUGCGAGAUGUUCCGACUUGCAUCGAUUCUUGUCUUCGUCGCCGUUAGCGUUGUCAGUGCCCAGACAACGCUAAACGACGCCGAUGUUGAUAUCAGCGAUCAUCCGUACGUUGUGUCAAUUACGAGAAGAGGCAAACACGUGUGUUCGGGCGCUAUAAUAGAUGCGUACAACAUCGUCACGUCGGAUCGGUGCGUUCCGCCGUUCAAACACGUAUGGAACAUAAUGAACGAUAUAGUUGUGGUCAGCGGCACGAGCAGCAUCAAACCCGGCGGCGGCGUUCGCAUCUUCGCCAAAGAAAUGUUCUCACAGAAUCAUCAGAAUCACGAGAAUCCGAAUGAGAAUCACGUCUCGAGCGGUCUUGGUCUAAUCAAGCUCGUGCAAGCUCUUAAAUUUGGAGAUAAAGUGCAGCCAAUUCCAAUCUCCGAAGCGGAAGUACCGGUUGGAGAGAAACUGCAGAUGGUCGGAUGGAUGAUUUCCAAUCAUCAAGGAAACAAGACUUCGAAUCUGAAGGAAGUCGCGGUAGAAACGAUAAGCUCCGAGGAUUGUCAGUCGUUUUACGACAAAACUCUAAGCAAUGCUGAAUUCUGCACACUCCCGGUACCAGAAAACAAUCUCUGCGAAGGCGACAGCGGCAGUCCUCUGAUUUACGACGGCAAACUCGUCGGUUUGGCUACUUACGGAAUUUCGUGCGAAGAUAUUUCGAUCCCGGACGUUCAUACAGCAGUGAACAAGAAUCUCGAAUUUCUUCUCGGCGAAAAAAAUAUCAUGUAAUCAGACAAAAUUAGUUUCAUCUUAAUUAUGUGUAAGCGUAUAUUCGCGCAUAUAUAUUAUAUCGGUAAAUCUAAAUACAAAGUCCAAAUUCAGCAUCUGAA